AUGUUUACAACACCCUAUGAAGAUGGCAACGGUACCUCACUUCGUGUCAUGGAAAACGAACUGAAGCGGAAUUUGGACAACAUGUACGAUGCUGAUGUGAUGUCUUCGCAGUCGUCUACAAAACCACGUAAAGCUGGCAAGGAGGUUGUGGAUGAUGAUGAUGUCACAGUUGGAUUACUGAUUCCCAAGGAAACGGCAAAAGUGGAAUCCGUUGAUUUAUUUUCAGAUUUGAAAGAAGAUGGUGUUUGGUAUUCUAUUAUCUUUGUAAGCUUUGAAUUUGUAUGGCAUGACAAAGAGAUAGACAGAUUGAUUGUUGUUCUACUCGACCAACAGAGGCCGAAGAUUGCAGCAAUUGUGCCUAUUAAUUUGACUAACUUAUACCCAUUUAGUAAGAUGGUUGGUGGUCUAUAUUCUCUGUCUCAAUUCAAAAUCGAAAAUAUCAUGUAUCAUGAGUAUCCAAGAUAUGAAGGCUACAUCAUUGUUUCAACAAACAAAAAGAUCGUAUUUAAUGAAUUUUCGAAAGUAACACCUUUUUUAGUUGAUCCUCCUAAAGAUGUUGUUGGAAGAAUAAUAUGUGGCGAAAGAGACAAAGAGAAAUAUAUGUUUAGGUUAUUCCUACAAGAUUUCACUUAUGUGUCUACGGGGUUCAGUAGUCGUCUAGGAUUGAGUCCUACACCUCUUGUUGUUAAGCACGUAGUGGAAAUAGCAAAUGGUAAAACUAUUGAAGCGUCACAUGUCCUCAUGGGAUGCAAAUUAGAUCUCUUAGGUCAAGUAUUUGACAUUGACUUACUCCCUGUCACUCUCGGAAGCUUUGAUGUAGUUGUCGGUAUGGAUUGGUUAUCCAAAUAUCAGGCGGAAAUCCUCUGCAAGGAGAAAGUCAUUCGUAUUCCCCUUGCUAGUGGUGAAUCUUUAUCGGUUCAGGGUCAUCGUAGCGGUGCUACAGUAGGUUGCAUAUCAAGGAUUCCAUUUUCAGACAUUACUAAUGUUCGCAAUCCUGAUACCAAUAAGGAAGCGAAAGAGAGACGAAGACAACGAAAAAUGUAUUUGGAUUCUCGGAAAUCUCAGUCCCUACGAACACAUUCUAACGCUCUCAGGAAUGUAUCUUCAGUUUUCAUCCCUAAACUUACUCAAGAUGAGAGUAAGGAGAGGCGUAAAUUGAGAAAAUUAUACAUCGAUGGUAAACGUUAUAGCAUGCAAAAAGGUACAUCACAAUCAAUAGAUGUUAUAACAUCUACUUCUGGUUCAUUAUCCAUUCCGCAUGACAUGGUCAAUGUUACAACAGAGGCGUCCAUUGAAUAUGGAGUUUUUCACCAGAGACUUCUUCAAAAUGACUACAAAGAGAGACGGAGGUUAAGGAAAUUAUAUUUAGACAGUAAAAGAUCUACAAGUCUACAACAACGAAAAUUAUACCCUUCCAAUAAUUUAUCAUCUUCUACUGAUUUAAGAUUGAUAUCUUUCAACACGCACAAUGUUACUCCUACAACGUCGGUUGUACCUACAAGUAAUGUUAGUUGUCUUACAAACAACUUGACUACUCCAAUAAACAUUCGUCGUUUCUCUCUAUCUUCAAACAUCACAACUUCUAGCAACACAUCUACUAUACUCGAAAGUUCUUCUUUACAGAGGAUGUCAUCAGGAAAACGUAAGUUAUUAAGUAAAUCACGACUUACAUCUCCUAUACCAAUGAUUGACUUGACGACAGAGGAAACUACAGAUGAGGCAAUUUACAAAGGAGUUUCAACAGAUUAUUUCGACCAUGGUGACCAAUGUAUUACUUGUGAAGUAUGCAAUGCUAAAUUAUGGGAUGCAGAAAAAGGAAGGGGAAGAAAAGAGAAAGGAAGAAUAUGCUAUUUCUUAUGUUGUGGUUAUGGCAAAGUAGAGCUACCAGAUUAUAAAGAUGCUGUCCCAAGUUAUAAGAAACUUUUUAUGUAUAAGGAUAAAGAAAGCAAACAUUUUUUGAAUAAUAUUCGACGGUAUAACUCCAUGUUUGCUUUCACGUCAAUGGGUGGUAAGGUUGAUCCCACUGUUAAUAGAGGUAAUGGACCAUUCUGCUACAGAAUUAGUGGUGAGAACUAUCACAGCACUGGAAGCCUGCUUCCGGAAAACGGAGAUCAACCAAAAUUUUGCCAGCUCUACAUAUUCGAUACUGAAAACGAACUUUCCAACAGACAAUCCGUUUUUAGUCGUUCCAAGGAUACAUCUUCCUCAAAUGUGGCUGAUCUUGAUCGUAAACUGAUUGAACAUAUAAAAGUUGUUUUAGAUUUAGAAAAUCAGUUGGUAAAAGCUUAUAGGAUGGUUAGAGACUGUUUUCAUGAAAACCCUGAUCUUAAUCUCAAGCUUCGUCUAAUUGGUAUUAGAGAAAAGGAUGGACGAACGUAUAAUUUACCAACCUGUGGUGAAGUUGCUGCUCUAAUUGUUGGGGAUAUUGCCAACACAAUCAACAAUAGAGAUAUAGUUAUUGAAACGCAGACAGGUACUUUGAAACGAAUUAGUGAAUUGCAUCCUUCAUACCUUGCACAUCAAUAUCCUAUUUUGUUCCCUUAUGGAGAUGAUGGUUACAGAAUUGACAUUCCUCAUCGAGAUUUCGUAGAUGCAAUCAAUAAGAAACGUCCAAAUUGUACAAUGAGAGAGUUCUUUGCAUAUCGUGUGCAAGACAGAGUUAAUCAGUUUUCAUUGAUUCUAAAUUCAAGGAGACUCUUCCAACAAUUCUUGGUUGAUGCCUAUACCAUGAUUGAGAGCAAAAGGCUUACCUACAUACGACUUCAACAAAAGAAUCUAAGGUCUGAUAGCUAUGAAAGUCUAUGUGAAUUAAGAAAUAAGGGCCAGCAAGACAUAUCUAAGGUUGGAAAACGAAUCUUUUUGCCUUCUUCGUUUACCGGUGGCGCUAGAUAUAUGAUGCAAAAUUAUUUAGAUGCCAUGGCUAUCUAUAGGCCCGAUGUACUGAGCAGAUUGUUUAAAAUAAAGCUGGAUUCAAUUUGCAAAGAUUUUAAAGAACGCCAUCUAUUUGGAAAAGUUGCAGCAGUUGUUUACACAAUCGAGUUUCAAAAGAGAGGAUUGCCUCAUGCCCACCUAUGCUUAUUCUUGGAAAAUGAAUCCAAACUUCCGACGGUAGACCAUGUUGAUCCAUUUAUAUCUGCAGAAAUCCCUGAUGAAGAUGAAGACGCAGAAUUAUAUGCGCUUGUGAAAGACUAUAUGAUUCAUGGUCCAUGUGGUAACGCUAAUUUGAGUUGUCCAUGUAUGGUUGACAAUAAGUGUUCUAAGGGUUUUCCAAAGAAAUUUCAAGAUCAUACUACACUGGAUUCAAAUGGAUUUCCAAUAUACAGAAGAAGAGAUAAUGGCCCUGAUAGAGCAACCGUUGCUGUUGUCCAACAUGAUAAUAACAAUGAAGAACUAGAAGAGGACGAGGUCAAAGAAUAUUAUGAUUGUAGGUAUCUCUCAGCUUGUGAGGCAUCUUGGAGGAUAUUCGCCUACGAUGUGCAUUACAAGACUCCUUCUGUUACAAGGCUGCCUUUCCAUCUUCCCGGAAAACAACCUGUUGUUUUUGGACCCGACGAGGAUAUUAAUCAAGUCCUUAACAAACCAUCUGUCAAAGCAUCAAUGUUUCUUUCCUGA